AUAUUGCGAUCUCUUUCCAUAGAUCGAGCAAUGAAAAUAAUAUUGUAACUGUUCUUUGUACCAUGACGCGAUAUCAGCUGUUGUACACGAAAUCUCUCAAAAACAAUUCUAUCGCGGAUAAUUUGAAGCAUAUGAAUAUCAGCAAUCAAGGAAAUUUACUCGUUUAUAUAUAGUGAGAAUACGAAUUAGCGUCAUAAGAUGCCAAUUGAUACCCGCGAGCUAAUGGAAGCCAUUGCCAUCAUAGCUGAUGAGCGAAAUAUUCGUGUUGCAGUAAAACAAUCAGGAAAAGGAACAGCGAUUUGUGCUGCCUGCUGCUUUGCUGGCGGCCUUUUGAUGGGCCCUGUGGGUCUAGCUGUAGGCGGCGCUGCCGGAGGAAUUGCUGCGUACAAAAUGACUAGUGGUACAUUUAAACCACUAGGAGAAGUUAUAUUGAACGACUUAACAGACGCACAACGCGAACAGCUAGUCCAACAUGUAACAACAGCCGUCGCCGACGUUCACCCAACGGACUUGGUAAUGCUGUUGCCUUUGAUAACGCAGAAUGCAUCCAUUCAACAGGCGGUGCUCAAUACAAUUAUGUCCUUUGUUAGCAACGAGCUACGCAUGCAGAUCGUUGACUGAUUCAGCUGUGAAAUGUAGAAUCGUGAUUUUACUUAUAUAGUUGUAACUCUAUUAAUAAAAUUGCCUUAGAAAUUAUAUGGUUUUAUCGCAAAUGUACAAAAACAUCAAAAAGUGUCG